CUGACCCAGAGGGCUAGUUCUAGACUCGAGGUUGGUUGGUCGGGGAAUUGUCCUCCUUCCGCCUCGUUCCCAGCCACAAAGGAGGCGAGCUACUUUGUUCCCCUGCCCCCCCCCUCCCCACCAUCCCCUUUCCAGGUUUGCAGGCGCGCGGCGGCCGCUUUGGCGCGAGCCGCUGGCAGGAUUACUUGAAAAGCUCCGCUGCAGAAUUGCUCUCCCGCCCUGCCUGGCUGGCUGGCUGGCUGGCAUUUGGGUGAGGGUUGUUUUUCCUGGAGGUGAUUGAUUUAUUACAGCAUUUUUUCCUCCCCCUGCCGUUCUGCGAGGAGCAGCGGCGGGGUCUGGUCUACCUGGUGUUAACAGAGGAGGAAGAGGAGAGCUCGGUACAGAGGAACGCCACCAGUUCAUACCGGGUCACUUUCCCGGCUCUCAGUCCGUACAAGGAAAUGACAAAAGCGUGCCAAGAUUCUUGAUUAGAGAAGUGGAAUUUGAGAAAAAGGACCUAACUAGGCUCAUGUUUUCGCCUGAUCAAGAAAAUCAUCCAUCAAAAGCACCAGUGAAGUAUGGUGAACUGAUUGUGUUGGGAUAUAAUGGCUCCCUGCCAAAUGGAGAUAGAGGAAGAAGAAAAAGCAGGUUUGCUUUAUUUAAAAGACCUAAAGCAAAUGGGGUGAAACCUAGUACAGUGCAUAUUGCCUGUACACCUCAGGCAGCCAAGGCAAUAAGCAACAAGGACCAGCACAGUAUUUCUUAUACCUUGUCUCGAGUGCAAACAGUGGUGGUUGAGUAUACCCAUGACAGCAACACUGAUAUGUUUCAGAUUGGGAGAUCAACAGAAAGUCCUAUAGAUUUUGUAGUGACAGAUACUGUUCCUGGAAGCCAGAGCAAUUCAGAGACUCAGUCUGUCCAAAGCACCAUCUCAAGGUUUGCCUGCAGGAUAAUAUGUGAACGAAAUCCACCUUUCACCGCAAGAAUAUAUGCUGCCGGCUUUGACUCCUCCAAAAAUAUCUUCUUAGGGGAAAAAGCUGCCAAGUGGAAAACACCUGAUGGGCAAAUGGAUGGAUUAACCACAAAUGGAGUCCUUGUUAUGCAUCCACGGAAUGGGUUCACUGAAGACUCAAAGCCAGGGGUGUGGAAAGAGAUAUCUGUAUGUGGGAAUGUGUUCAGUCUUCGUGAAACAAGAUCUGCUCAGCAGAGGGGCAAAAUGGUUGAAAAUGAAACCAAUCAACUCCAGGAUGGGUCACUGAUUGAUCUUUGUGGAGCCACACUUUUGUGGCGUACAGCAGAAGGACUUUCACGUACUCCAACAGUGAAGCACCUGGAAGCUCUCAGGCAGGAAAUCAAUGCAGCCCGGCCUCAGUGCCCUGUGGGCUUUAACACAUUAGCCUUUCCCAGCAUGAAGAGGAAAGAUGUUGUCGAUGAAAAACAACCCUGGGUUUAUCUGAACUGUGGCCAUGUGCAUGGAUACCAUAACUGGGGGAAUAAAGAAGAGAGAGAUGGCAAGGAUCGGGAAUGUCCAAUGUGCCGGUCUGUUGGUCCAUAUGUGCCUCUGUGGCUUGGAUGUGAAGCUGGAUUUUAUGUGGAUGCAGGGCCUCCAACUCAUGCAUUCAGCCCAUGUGGACACGUGUGCUCAGAAAAGACAACAGCCUACUGGUCUCAAAUCCCUCUUCCUCAUGGUACCCACACUUUUCAUGCAGCAUGUCCAUUCUGUGCACAUCAGCUUUCUGGUGAACAAGGCUACAUAAGACUUAUUUUCCAAGGACCCCUUGAUUAAUGUACACGUGUUAUUCAAGGACUGCAUCUAAAUACAUAAGCUAAGGAAUUCUGAUUUCAAAGGAACUGUUGUCUUAAAAUCAACUAUAUUUCUUCUCUGGGCUUUGACAGUUUACUUUGAGAUGAAGAAUACUUUCAUUAAUAUUAUUAUCAUUAUUUCAGUGGUUACGUUCCUCUGUAGAUAAUGAAAGAAGUUGCUAUGUAGAAAAGACUGGUGAUGGGUAAGUAGGAUAGAUGGAAGGUAGUUCCAGGCUCAUCUUUUUUUUUUUUUUGAGAUGGAAUUGAUAAACAAUUUUGCCUUCAUUGUAAUGUUUUGAAUAACAUGCCUUUAAUAUCUAAAAGAUAUCUCUUUUUUUGUAAGUACAUAUCUGAGGGUAAAAGU